CGCUGGCGUGGGCCGCACGGGCACCUUCAUCGUUAUCGAUGCCAUGAUGGACAUGAUGCACGCGGAACAGAAAGUUGAUGUUUUUGAGUUUGUCUCAAGGAUCCGGAAUCAGCGUCCGCAGAUGGUUCAGACUGACAUGCAAUACUCCUUCAUUUAUCAAGCCUUACUUGAAUACUACCUCUACGGUGACACAGAGCUAGACGUGUCAUCCUUAGAAAAACAUCUGCAGACGUCACACAACGCAGCACCAAACCUUGUCAAAAUAGGGCUCGAAGAAGAAUUUAAAAAGUUAACAAACGUUCGAAUCAUGAAGGAAAACAUGAGGACUGGCAAUCUUCCAGCAAAUAUGAAGAAAGCUCGAGUCAUCCAGAUUAUCCCAUAUGAUUUUAAUAGAGUGAUUCUGUCGAUGAAGAGAGGACAAGAGUACACAGACUACAUCAAUGCCUCCUUCAUAGAUGGUUAUCGCCAGAAGGAUUAUUUCAUUGCCACCCAGGGACCACUUCCACACACGGUGGAGGAUUUCUGGAGGAUGGUGUGGGAGUGGAAGUGCCACACCAUCGUUAUGCUCACAGAGGUUCAAGAGAGGGAGCAGGAAAAAUGCUGCCAGUACUGGCCAUCAGAGGGCUCUGUAACUCACGGAGAGAUAACUGUAGAAAUAAAGAAUGACAGCCUGAUAGAUGCCAUAAGCGUAAGGGACUUCAUCAUUACCUACAAUCAG